CUUUUCGUCUUUCUUCUUCCGAGUAAAUCUCAGACUUCCCUGGCCGGUUUGAUGUGUUAUUCCUUUUAGUGAUUUUCUACGUCCUUCACCCAACACUCCCGGCGUCAGGUUUUAUUCAAGAGAUACGGAAAAACAUCUGUUUCCUUCCCUUGUUGUUUCUUUUCUCCUCUGCUCAGCACUUCCGGUUCCGCUGCUGUUGGUGUCUUAGCCAGGGUAUAUACGGGCAGAGAGGUAUGGGGUCACAUCCAUAUCGUAUAUGUACAACUCCAGGCGAAGUCAGUUCAGGAGGAUUAUUUUAUAAACAUUUAGAUAGUUUUUCGAAUUUUUCACCUCUACAAAGUGUUUCUUUGCAAAUUAUUGUUCUUUCACUUCUACCCCAUUUCAUUCAUAUGGUAUUGUCAAGGUUCCAUCAACCCUUACUUGUUUCUCAAAUACUGGGAGGUAUACUUGCUAGUCCAUGGAUUCUUGGCUAUGAAUUUCUAAAAAUAUCAACUGGCAGGCCUGUCGGGAUUACGUAUUUCCUAUUCGCCAAAGAUGGAUUUCAAGUAGUAGACAUGCUUGCUCAUUUCAGUUCCAUGUUUUUUAUAUUUAAAGUUGGAGUUCAAAUGGAUCCCAAAAUAUUAAAGAGAGCUAAGUGGCGAACAUACAUCAUUGGAUUCUGUUGUACCCUUUGCUCUUAUUUUACUGGAGAAUCAUUAGCCCAUAUAGUGAAAAAUGAUAAGAUACCGGGAUUAAGGCCACCUGCAAGGCCAGGAGGGUUUAACAACUCUACCAAAAUAAUAAAUCUAUUCAGCAUGAUUUCUUUUCCGGUUAUCACUUAUGUACUCACUGAUCUCAACAUUCUUAACUCUGACCUAGGCAGUUUAGCAACUCAUGUAGCAAUGGUUGCUGAUUUUCUUCAUACGUUUGAAAAGCUCUUUAGCGUACUCUACCAUGCAUUGUUAAGCAAAAAUCCAGCACAUGGACGAAUUGCAGUGUAUCUCCUGUUGGGGACGUUGAUAUACAUAUGUUUAAUUGUGCGUCCGGCAGCAUUAUGGAUUGUAAAGAAUACACCUGAAGGGAGACCAGUAAGUGAUGUUUAUAUUUCCUUAAUAAUGAUUUCAGUUCUGCUGUGUGGUCUAGCUAGUGAAUAUUGUGGAUUAAGUGGUACGGUUGGGGCAUUCUUUCUUGGUUUGGCUAUACCUGAUGGUCCACCUUUAGGAUCUGCUCUAGUUCAGAAGCUGCGCAUUGUGACUGUAUUUUUCAUGCCUCUACAUAUGGGUAUAGUUGGAUAUAAGACGGACAUUCACAAAGUCAGUUUUGUAUAUCUAUGGCGGGUUUUACUGGUAAUUGUUGGUUGUUUCAUUGGAAAGAUUGUCGGGCUUUUUAUCCCAGCUGUGCUUCUUGGAGGAGUCUCUGCGCGCGACAGUUUGUUGCUUGGACUUAUUAUGAACUUUAAAGGAAUUGUUGAGGUUUCCCAACUUAGCACCUGGAUAGAUAAUCAAAAGAAAAAUAAUACUUUUGCUGCAGCAAAUACACUCAUGGUUCUCGCACUUGUAGUGCAAGUAGCAGUUAUUACACCCACGGUGAAAUACCUCUAUGACCCUUCAUCGAAAUACUUAGCCUACAAAGGAAGGUCAAUUAUGCAGUCGAAUGAAGUCAAUUCAGAUUUUCGUGUGCUAGUAUGUGUUCACACCCAAGAUGAUGUUCCAGGAAUUAUCAAACUCCUUGAAGCCUCUAAUCCUACCAAACUCCACCCCCUCACCGUCUACCUUCUUCAUCUCAUUGAACUCGUCGGUCGUGCUACUCCUCUCCUUAUUGCCCACCCAAUGCAUAAACGUUUUUCCACAUCAAACCCUACCAAAUCGGAAAUAAUAAUCAAUGUCUUCCAACAAUUCCAAAAUCGACACCAGCACCUUGUUACAGUUCAUCCCUUCUCCACCAUCUCUCCGUAUGCUUCCAUGCACAACGAUAUAUGCAGCAUGUCGGUUGACAACAGGACUGCUCUCAUAAUCUUCCCUUUCUGCAGGCAAGAUGUAGUAAGUAAGAGGGAAGAUCUGGAUAGACAAAAUAUUUCUAGUCGUUGUAUCAAAACCAUUCUUCAGAAUCUAUUGCGAAACUCUCCAUGCUCAGUCGGGAUCUUAAUUGAUGGUAGUAAUCCCCAAACAAAAUCUACUUGCUUCUUACCGGACACGCCUUACCGCGUGAUAGUACUAUUUUUUGGUGGCCCGGACGACCGAGAAGCAUUGGCCUUUGCAAUGAAUAUGAUUCAUCAUCCGUCCGUACUAGUUACUCUUGUUAGGUAUUAUGGUCCUGCAAGGCUAUCAUCCGACGAAGUUAUUGACUAUGGCAGUGAAUCUGUUCGCAUCGAUGUUGAGAGACAGAAGUUUCUUGAUGAUGAAUUGGUAGACCAUUUCAGGGUUAACACAAUGCAUGAAGAAACGUUGAUGUAUAAAGAAGUAGAGGUUAACGAUGGUGCGGAAACAAUAUGGUCAGUCCGGUCACUUCGUGAAGAUUUUGAUCUUAUGCUUGUAGGAAGACAACAAAUCAGCGAUUCAAAAAUAGUUUCAGAAUUAGCUAGUAAUUGGGCUGAAUGCGAAGAGCUAGGAGCUGUCGGAGACAUGGUAACAUCUCCUGACUAUGAUGCUGAGGGCUCCAUCUUAAUAAUUCACCAACGGCUAGUUGUUAGUUCAUCUUCGAAAAGAUAAUGGUAUUUGCUAAAUGAUCUCCAAUUUGUAGAAUCAUGUACACCAUAUUACAGAGACAAGAGUACCAUGUUAUGAAUUUGUAUGAGCAGAUUAGGUUUCUCCAGAGUGGGAAUGGAAUGUAAAUUUGUACCCUUCAGUUGAACAGUGUACUCUUUCUGGAUUCAUCCCCAAAAAAAUGUACUAAUUCCAGACAA